UACAACUUGGUUCCAAGCUAAAGUUGAUAUCGAGGUUAGCAAAGCAUCAAAAAUCGCUAUAAAAGCCAUUGAACGACAGGGUGGAAAAAUUACAUGUGCUUAUUACAACAAACUGGGCCUUCGUUUGUUACUUAAACCAGAAAAGUUUGAAGGGAAGAGGAUUCCAAGAAGAGCUCGUCCUAAUACAAAGUUAAUGGAAUAUUACACAAGUGUUGAGAACAGAGGAUACCUGGUGGAUCCUGAUGAACUUGAAAAGGCCAGGCAACUUACUUACAAACUUGAAAAUGAAGUGGAUUAAUGCAGAAUGGACUUACUUGUAGUGGGGCCUUAAUAGGGUCAGUAAAUGACGUUUUACAUCAUCAAAUAAUAUGUGAACACUAGUUACAUGUAAAUAAUAAAUAACGUUCUCUUCCACAUAUCCCAUAUGGCCUGUAGGAGCUUUACGGCAAAAUUUGAUAUUGACUUCCCUUCUCUCUCACUGUGUGGAAUUUUCAAAUACAGAUCCAGGGAGACAUGAACAUUAGCGUGAUAAGUACUUUUUGAUCGAGGGUCGUGAACCAAUACCAUAGUAAACAAAAUUUUUAAUCAGACCAAAAGCAAAUAUCAGAAGCUACCAAUGGGACUUCAAAGUUAUUCCCGUAACUAGCCGCAAGUAUGCAGGAAAACACAAGUGACUUAGUUUUAGUUUAUAUCUGAUUGGUUGAGAUUGUGGCACAAGUACUCUAGACUAAUCUUGAAGAAAAGUGGGGAAAAACCAAGGUACUCCUGUCAAUUACUUCGGACACACUCUUGAAAAUUGCAUUAAAAUAUGAUGAAAGAACAUAACAUAGGCAAAAUAAACCUGUCAUCGACCCUCCCCCGACCCGUCUCAAAUCUUCUAGCGGGCGGAGAAGCGCGCAUUCUGCCGCGCUCUGAAUAACAAAGGCUAGCAAUCAACUAAAAAUUAUUCU